AUGGAAGCUAGUGGUGCUGAGAUUACUUGGGAAAUGUUCAAGACUGCAUUUAUGGAUAAAUAUUUUCUUGUUGAUGUGUGUAUAAAGAAAGAGAUUAAAUUCAUUGGGCUGACACAAGGAAAUAUGACUAUGGAGGACUAUGCUGUGAAGUUUGAGGAGUUAUCCAAAUUAUGUGCGACGCAUUCGUUCAUUUCUUUGGAUUGUGCAAUGAGGUUGAAUCUUGAGCUAUCAUUUAUGAGUAUGAGUAUGGUUAUUAAUACCUCUGUUAUGGAUUCGGUAACUAUAUCUAUGGUUUGUUUGAAUUAUCCGCUAAGUAUUUUUGAUAGAGAUUUCAUAAUAGAUUUGGUUCGUCUUCCAUUAGUACAACUGGAUGUUAUCCUUGGGAUGAGCUGGUUGGAGUUCGACCGUGUUCAUAUCAACUGCUAUGCUAGGAAGGUGAUGUUUACAGAGUUCAUGGGAGAAAAAGAUAUGUUUGUAUCUACUAAGAAAGUGAAUGAGUCUAUGAAGAAUGAUGCUCUCGUGCUUAUGAUGUUAGCUUCUUUGGAUGUAAAAGGUAGAGGAGUUAUUGGAGAACUAUCUGUUGUUUGUGAUUUUCCAGAUGUUUUCCCUGACAAUAUCAAUGAUUUUUCGCAAGAGCGUGAGGUGGAGUUUUCUAUAGACUUAGUACCUGGCACUAGUCCUGUUUAG